AUGUCGACGGAGGCGGCCGCGGCGGAGAAGAAGGUCAUCACCCUGAAGAGCAGCGACGGCGAGUCGUUCGAAGUGGAGGAGGCGGUGGCGAUGAUGUCCCAGACGAUCAAGCACAUGAUCGAGGACGACUGCGCCGACAACGGCAUCCCUCUCCCCAACGUCACCGGCGGGAUCCUCGCCAAGGUCAUCGAGUACUGCAAGAAGCACCACGACGCUCCCAAACCGGACGGAUACGGCGCCGCGGCGGCGGACGACGGGCUGAAGAGCUGGGACGAGGAUUUCGUGAAGGUCGAUCAGAACACCCUGUUCGACCUGAUUCUGGCUGCGAACUACCUGAACAUCAAGGAUCUGCUGGAUCUGACCUGCCAGACUGUGGCGAACAUGAUGAAGGGGAAGACGCCGGAGGAGAUCAGGGCGAUUUUCAACAUCAAGAAUGACUAUACACCGGAGGAGGAAGAGGAGGUGCGCAGGGAGAAUCAGUGGGCGUUUGAGUGA